CUGAAUGAGCAUAAUGAUCAUUUUAUACAUAAAAUUCUAUUUUUUACUACUACUACUCUGGACAAAGACAGGGUUUGUAAAGUAAACUGGACUUCCGGUGACAGUGGAUAAAGGUCAGUGACUUCCUCAUGUUGCUCAUCAAGAAAAUUUGCACAAUUAUGCAAAUGAGACCAUAGAGAAACAAGAGCAAACAUUACUCUUGUUGGUCUACUUACCCCCUGUGCAUCUAGCAGUGCAGACGUUCUGAGAUAUCUGCUGCUGAUAGUUCUGCCACCUACCCAACAAAGUUGGAGUUGCUGCAGGGGAGAGAUCAGAGAUAUCCGUUUCUACUACACUGUCAGGCUUAAAGUUGCUCUCAAACAACCAGGCACUGGUACCACCUGCCACCUGCUGACACUGUGAACAUCCAGAUUCUGUGGGCUAAUCAUGGGAAACUGCACUUCAGGGAUAAAGAAGAAAAGGAAAGGUGACUCUGCACCAGAUGAUAGAAGCAAAACAGAUAAUAAGACUCCCGAGGAUGUAACGUACGCCUCUAUUGACCACAGCACUAUCAAGGGAUCAAGAACAACCAGAGCACUAACCGACGAUGAUUGUGACUAUGCCACAGUUAAUGUCCCAGCAGCACUUCAAACCGAAACUGCAUCUGAUAGCUCAUCCAAAGACGAUUGUGCAGAUGAUUACGUACUCAUGGGAUAAAUGUAAACAUGAGGAAAAGUUCACUUGGGGCUAUUGCAAGAUGCAGGACUAGUAGAUUUUAUCAUAAACAGGAGAAAGUGUCUGAAAUUCUGUAAUCACGUACAAGAGCUCGUUUGCAAUUGAACUGUUAAGUUUUGAGUUGAGCUGCUCCAAUUUUGAUCUUCGAUGAAAAGACUGUGACAAAAUGAGAAGAAAAAAAACUUUCAACAGCCACCAGCCGCGGAAACCUUAAGACCCAGGACGUUUCCAUUCACUGCAGAGGGAACCUCAAGUCUGCAAACCGCUGUGUUGUUCCUUUCUCAAGAAGACAAACAUGUGUCACACUUGACCUGUUUACAAAAGAAAUGCAACCACAGGAGGUCGUGAAGGUUUUUAGUGUGAUGUACCUGAAUUCUAAAACAUUAACUAAAGAUAUGGAAGCAAUACAUCCAGAGGAACUGGGCCUGGUGUUUGAGUUUGAAGACUUGAAGAUGCAGAAAGUUUCAUCAGUUCUGAACACCUCCAAAAGCUAUUGCUAUUUACAACAUGACCUGAAUGAUGACUGAAGAUUUUAAAGCUACUAUGUGUCAAAUUUUUAACUUAUUCCGAUUUUCUUAAAGGAAAAAUUAGUCAUCAACAUUGGUAUAUUAAGUGUGAUGCUUUCAACUUUCAGUGGGUGUAUGUGCUACAACUGCAAUUUUUUUCGACGUGAAAGGAAAUAAACAACAGCUCUAUAACCAUUUAAACAGAAAGAGGAUACUGAAGAAGCCCAUUGACUUUAUAGUCACGCUAGUUAAUGUAAGCACAUCUGCUGUCACUCUAGGGUUUUCUACUGCAGAUGAAAGCUCGAUCUUUAUCUAUAGUCUGUUUUUCUGUUUUUGUUGAAACAGAGCCAAAGCUUUGCUUCACAUUUAACCCAACAUUCAGUUAAGCCCAUGUCACGUUGCAUCAGUAGGCUAACGUCGUUUGCAUGGCCUGUUUGCACAAUAAAAUGGUAAAACUGUGUGUGUAAUUUAUGCCAAUGCCACAUUAUCAAAUUCAUGCUGGAAGAUUGUAACAUUAAUGUACCUUCUCCUACACGUACUACAAAUACACAUGUAAGGCUUGACAAUUUAUAUAUUCUAUGUUCUGUAAGCGUAUGUAGAAAAUACAUACAUUUUUUUUGUCUAAACCUUUAUCUAACUACAAGACUUUUUUGUGUUUGACUGGGUGCACAUUCAGUGGUAGAGUAGUGUACAGUAAUAUACUGUAAAUUGUUUUUGUUACAUUGUGGUUUUAUUGAUUUUUUUUAAUUGAUUAAAAGUCAUUAUUCUGUCGCAUCAAUCAACUACACCA